GAGAUCAUCCUGAAGCGAGCGGCCGACCUGACCGAGGCGCUCUACAGCGUGCCCCGCAGCCACAACCAGCUGCCGUCGCUCACCGGCGCCGCCGCUCACUCAGGGAUGAUGGGCGUGAACUCCUUCAGCAGCCAGCUGGCCGUCAACAUCUCCGAGGCCUCGCAGGCCGACCAGGGUUACUCCCGUAACUCGAGCAGCGUGUCUCCUCGCGGCUACGUGCCGAGCUCCACGCCUCAGCAGUCCAACUACAACACCAUCACGUCCACCAUGAACGGCUACGGCGCCGCCGGGAUGACCAACCUGGGCGUGCCCGGCUCCCCCAGCUUCCUCAACGGCUCCGCCGCCAACUCCGCCUACGCAACCAUGGCCGGGCUCAUCGUGCCCCCCAUGUGAUGACCCACAAUCACCCGGACCGGACCUGACCCGACCCGACCGGCCCGUCUGGACCAGAACCUCCUCGUCUCCUCCACCUUCCACCGCAGGUCCGGUCGGGGUCWCCUCGGACCGGACCUCGUCUUCGUCUCUGCAGCUUUUUACAGAACAGAACCGGUGCCGGACCGGUCCAAACCCCCCGUGAGACGGGAAGGAGGCGGGUCCACCGGGAGCUUCGGUCCAAAGACGCCACGUCUCUAAAAUCAGUUUUAAAAACUGCAAACGGAGUUUUCAAACGUCUCGUUUUAUUUAUAAAAAUAAAAACUUUAAACRUUGGAACUUUUUUUCAGCUUCAAACAUUUGAUUCUUUUCUUUUAACGUUUGUUUUGUUUCGGUUCUGGACCCCCGGUCCAAGAAACCAGGAGGACUGAAACCUGGACCCGUCAGACGGGCUCCAGACUCGGAUCAGAACCGGCCCUCGGUGGACCUUUAACCACGUUUGUCUCGUCCUAAAAAAGGAGGGAAGUUUCUGACCCGUAAAUGUUUUCUGUAUAAAGUCAGUUUUCUCUGUUUCUUUUGGCUCCAGAACCGCGGUUCUGGUUCUGGUUCUGGUUCUGAACCAGUUUUAAUGGGAUGAAGGUUUCUGAUCGUGCUGGUUUUGUAUUUAUGAAGUGGUUUCAGGAGUUCCUCCUGAGCUUCGGGCCUGAACCACAGUGUCAGAUAUAUCCGUAACAUUUGAUGUCUUAAUACGUUUUAUUGUAAAAAGAGUGAAAACUGAGAAUUAACUGUUUUUUAUUUGUAAAAACUCACAGAAUGAAGGCAGGACGUGAAACAACUUUCAUCACUUUUGUAUAAAACUGCUUUUCUGAUAUUUAACUUUUUGUAAACCUUGUGUUUCUCCUGGUUCUUGUCUUUUGUGUAUUAUUGUGAAACGUAUAAUCAUUACUGCACUACUUCUGUUGGAUCACUUCAAGAAGAGAGAAGCUUUUAUUUUGAAAUCCUGCUUGUGUGAAACUUUAACCAUCCUCCGGCUGAACUUUUGUUUUUAUCGUCUGAAUAUAAAAAACGUUUGUGUUUUUCGUUUUAAACACUUGAAUUGUUUUCUGUCAAACUGAAUCUGAUUAAUGGACCGGCUCCUCUGACCAGCCUGAGGCUCGUCUGUGAUGUCACACUGCACCAACCAAUCAGAUGACAGAUCAGCUUCUGUAAAAAUCGUUUUUUUUAGAUCAUCUGAACAUGGAUGUGAUGGUCAAAACCGUCACACCUGAUUGGUCACACGCAUCAUGACAUCACCGUUAGAAUAAUGGAGGGAAUCAAACACACCUGUCAGGUGAGCCGGGACACCUGAGACACAAAAUUCUAAUCACAAUCAGCUGGUAACCAGGCCCCGCCCACAUUUCUGCCACUUCCUGUUCUUUAGGUCCAGUUUGCCCGAGGUAAACAAUAAUAAAUAAAUCUAAACUUUCUGUGAUUAAAGACAAAAUAUUCAGGUUUUCCCUUUAAAUCCUCUGAGGUUUGGGAUUUCAGACGUGUUUCCAGGCAGGAAAUUUGACGUUUUAAGAGUUCGGAGCAGAAAAACAAAUGUCAGGACGAGUUUGAGCUCCAGAUGUUUGACAGAAGCAUCACACUGUAGAAAAACAUGGUUCAGUUCAAUAAACUGUUUUAUUUUAUUAUUGUUAAAAGUUUCUCAGCCUCAGAAAAAAAAAAUGAACGUUUUGGAGGUUUGAUUUCAGCAGGAAGGAGCAGAGCAGCAUCUUUGUGAAAUAUGAACUAUAUCAAAGUAUAUCAAAGCACAAUGUUUAAUUAACGUCUUAAUAAAGUGAACGGGGGGAGGGGGGGGACACCCCUGCAGGUCUUCAGUUUGUGUCUCUGACCAUGCUGUAAAUAGAUGCAUGUCUUUUGGUUUUCAGUUGGUUUUUCCUGUGAUUCAGUGCUUUUGUACAGAAACAGUCUAAWAAUAAAGAUUACAUUUGGCUCGAA